AGUGUAACUUAGGAACCAGCACCUCAACUUUCUCACAUUUCACUAAGCAAAUAGUUUUCCAUAGUCAUUGCUAUGGCUUUCAAAACCCUAUUCCAUUGGACUUUGGCUUUACUUUUGGUUCUUGAAUUUUGUGUUUUUGAGGCUAAUGCUCGCACUCUUGAAGAUGCUUCAAUGCGUGAGAGACAUGAGCAGUGGAUGGUUCAACAUGGAAGAACCUACAUGGACUCUUCUGAGAAAGAGUUGAAAUAUCAGAUAUUCAAGGAAAACGUGCAACGCAUAGAGGCCUUUAACAACGCUGGAAACAAACCUUACAAGCUAGGCAUCAACCAGUUUGCUGAUCUCACAAAUGAGGAAUUCAAAGCCAGAAAUAGAUUCAAGGGUCAUAUGUGCUCCACAAUAACAAAGACACCCACAUUUAAGUAUGAACAUGUGACAGCAGUGCCAGCUUCAUUGGAUUGGAGAAAGAAAGGAGCUGUCACGCCCAUUAAAGAUCAAGGCGAAUGUGGAAGUUGUUGGGCAUUUUCUGCUGUGGCAGCAACAGAAGGAAUCACCAAGCUGAGUACUGGCAAAUUGGUCUCAUUAUCGGAACAAGAGCUCGUUGAUUGUGACACAAAGGGUGUGGACCAAGGUUGUGAAGGAGGUCUUAUGGACGAUGCCUUCAAAUUUAUUUUGAAAAACAAAGGACUCACUACAGAAUCUAUUUACCCUUAUAAGGGUGUUGAUGGAAAAUGCAAUACAAAAGCAGUAGGCAAGCAUGCAGCUAGCAUUAAGGGGUACGAGGAUGUUCCUGCCAAUAGUGAGAGUGCACUUCUCAAAGCUGUGGCUAACCAACCAGUUUCUGUGGCCAUUGAUGCUAGUGGAUUCGAGUUUCAAUUUUAUUCAGGUGGUGUCUUUAAUGGAUCAUCAUGUGGCAUCAACUUGGAUCAUGGUGUCACUGCUGUGGGGUAUGGAAGUAAUAAUGGAACUAAAUAUUGGUUGAUCAAGAAUUCGUGGGGAGUAAAGUGGGGUGAACAAGGAUACAUUAGGAUGCAAAGAGAUGUUGCUGCUAAGGAAGGAUUGUGUGGAAUAGCAAUGCAAGCUUCUUAUCCCACUGCAUAAUUGGUAAACUUUGUUACUACUAUUUCAUAAUCUAUAUAUGCAACGUACAAACCAAUGGAACUGUGGUAACACUACUGUGUGAUAUUUAUAGGUUUGAAGAACUUAUAGAAAGUGACAGAUUCAAACCUUAUCUGUUGUAAAAAGAAAUAUCAUGAAUAAUUUAUACUUGUUUACUGUAUCAAUCGA